AUGGAUGACCUUUGCCCCCGCGGUUGGCUAACCGCCCGCUUCCUCUCUGCGUUUUCAGGCACAGGAGAAAGUGGCAAGAGCACUUUCAUCAAGCAGAUGAGAAUCAUCCACGGGUCGGGCUACACCGACGAGGACAAGAAGGGCUUCACCAAGCUGGUCUACCAGAACAUCUUCACCUCGAUGCAGGCCAUGAUCCGGGCAACGGAGACCCUCAAGAUCCCCUUCAAGUAUGAGCAGAACAAGAAUAAUGCCCUGCUGGUGCGGGACGUGGACGUGGAAAAGAUCAGCUCGUUCGAUCAGCCGUACAUUAGUGCCAUAAAAAUGCUGUGGACCGACCCCGGCAUCCAAGAGGCGUACGACCGCAGGAGAGAGUACCAGCUCUCCGACUCCACCAAAUAUUAUCUUAGCAGUUUAGAACGAAUAGCGUCUCCGGGGUACGUGCCCAGCCAGCAGGACGUGCUGCGGGUCCGAGUGCCCACCACUGGCAUCAUUGAGUACCCCUUUGACCUGGAGAAUAUUAUCUUCAGCUAUCUAAGUGAUCUGGAUCGUAUUGCCGAACCGUCCUAUCUACCAACCCAACAGGAUGUGCUUAGGGUUCGAAUCCCAACCACUGGGAUCAUAGAAUACCCUUUCGACUUGCAAAGCAUCAUUUUCAGGAUGGUGGACGUCGGGGGUCAGAGGUCAGAGAGGAGGAAGUGGAUUCACUGCUUUGAGAACGUAACGUCCAUCAUGUUCCUGGUGGCGCUCAGCGAGUACGACCAGGUCCUGGUGGAGUCGGACAACGAGAAUCGUAUGGAGGAGAGCAAGGCUCUCUUCAGGACCAUCAUCACAUAUCCAUGGUUCCAGAACUCCUCUGUCAUCCUUUUCCUGAACAAGAAAGACCUCCUGGAGGAGAAGAUCAUGUAUUCACACCUGGUUGACUAUUUCCCAGAGUUUGAUGGUCCCCAGCGGGACGCCCAGGCGGGCCGGGAGUUCAUCCUGAAGAUGUUUGUGGACUUGAACCCGGACAGCGACAAGAUCAUCUACUCGCACUUCACCUGCGCCACCGACACCGAGAACAUCCGCUUCGUCUUCGCCGCCGUCAAAGACACCAUCCUGCAGCUCAACCUCAAAGAGUACAACCUGGUGUGA